CAUUCGGUAAAGAAAAAGACAAAGAGAAGAAGUUAGAUGAUGACAGCACCAGUACCACAGUCCCUCAGUCAGCUUUCUUGGGCCCAACAUUAUGGGACAAGACACUGCCAUACGAUGGAGACACUUUCCAGUUGGAAUACAUGGACCUGGAAGAAUUCCUCUCAGAAAAUGGCAUUCCACCGAGCCCAAACCAGCACGAGCAUAGCCCACACCAGUCAGGUCUCCAGCAAGCUACCUCAGCAUCACCUUCUGUCAUGGACCUCAGCAGCAGGGCUUCUACUUCAGUCCAUCCAGGCAUGGUGUCGCAGAACUGCAUGCAGAGCCCAGUCAGACCAGCCAUUGCGGCCAGGGUGCUGCGCACAAAGCUGCCAUUCACGGCUCGUUCUCAUCGGGGUAACUCUGCCACCGGGGCCUGGGGUGGAGGGUGUGCAUCCCUGAAGGAGCUGGUGGUGUGUAACUGCUAUCAAAAUCCAGGUGAAUGCCCGCUGCUCAGCACCAUUGCCGAAUGUGCUCAGCCCUACGAACCCAGUUAA